AUGGUUUACAAGACAGCUUAACAAAAGAUCUUGAUCUUUUUGAUUAUCGCUACAACCUUUAUUACUUUUAUUGCUGGACAAAAUCUCUGGAAGAUGUGGGCUGUCCUCCCCUUCUCACUCUUUUUCGUCUACCUUGUUGAUUUACUCUUCAUGAACGAUGGUGACUACAUGUACGAGCCAAACUACAUCAACUGGAAAGACGUAAACGAGCCAGACUAUUGA